AUGGACGGGACGGAGGAGCAGCAAAAGAAGAAGAAGAUCAAGCCGGGCUCGUUUCAAGGGCUCGGUUUGGGCAAUGCAACUUACAAGGCGAUCAUGAGAAUGGGCUACAAGGUGCCAACGCCCAUCCAGCGCAAGACCAUCCCCACCAUUUUGGAGGGUCAGGACCUAGUUGCCAUGGCUCGCACUGGCAGCGGCAAGACGGCAGCCUUCCUGAUCCCCAUUUGCGAGCGUCUGAAGACCCACUCCUUGUCCGUGGGCUUCCGCGCGGUGGUUCUGUCGCCCACCCGGGAACUCGCUAUGCAGACGGCCAAGUUCUGCCGACAGCUUUCGCGGUUCAACGACCUGCGGUGUUGUUUGUUGGUGGGUGGCCAGGGCAUGGAGGCGCAAUUCGAGCACCUGGCCAACAACCCCGACCUGGUGAUUGCCACCCCCGGGCGGCUGAUGCACCACAUCCUCGAGGCGGAGUUGUCCUUGAGCCGGGUGGAGGUCUUGGUUUUCGACGAGGCGGACCGCCUCUUCGAGCUGGGCUUUGCAGAUCAGUUGCAGAAGAUUCUGGAUGCCACUCCCUCAUCCAGGCAGUGCUUGCUCUUUUCGGCGACCUUGCCUGCUCAGCUGGUCUCCUUUUCGCGAGCUGGCAUCAAGGAUCCCGUCUUCGUGCGCUUGGACGUGGAGACAUCCCUGAGUGACUCCCUGGACCUUUGGUACCUCUUCGCGCGCAAGGACGAGAAGAUCCCUGCGGCAAUCUCCAUCCUGAGGCGUUUCCACCAGGACGAGAAGACCACCAUCAUGUUCGUAGCCACCAAGCACCACGUGGAGUUCUUCGGAGAGCUCUUGCAGCAGCAGGGCCUCCCGGCGGCCAUUGUCUAUGGCACCAUGGACCAGACGGCCCGCCAGGAGCAGGUGACCAAGUUCCGGAAGAAGAAGGCGCGGAUCCUGGUCACGACAGAUGUGGCGGCUCGAGGGGUGGAUAUCCCGUUGCUGGAUCACGUGCUGAACUUUGACUUCCCCUCCAGCGCCAAGCUCUUCAUCCACAGGUGCGGGCGGACGGCGCGGGCCGGGCGGAGCGGGUUGGCGGCGUCCUUGGUGGGCCUGGAGGAUCUGCCCUACACCGUGGAGCUGAUGACCUUUCUGGGCCACAAGCUCGUGCCGCCCUCCAAAGCCAACGGGAGUGACGCGAAUGAGGAGGCGCGCGGCAAGACGCCGGUGAUCGGUGCUCUUCCCGCGCUGGAUCAUGAAGUGGAGGCUUUGAGCAGUGUGAUGGCAGAUGAAGGGUCUCUGCUCUCGAGCCUGCACAGGUCAAUGAUGGCUUCGUACAACCUGUACAACAAGACUCGGCCUUCAGCUUCAAAGUCCUCGGUGCGAAGGGCCAAGGAGCUGCUGGAGGAGUGCGGAGGACCUGCCCAGCUGCAGUCCAUGCUGCACCCCGCCUUCCGAGGCAAGCAGACCUCCCAGCCCGGCACCUUGGAGAACUCCGAGUAUGUCCGCACCCUUCGAGGCUUCCGCCCGAAGAUCGAGAAGCUGGGCAACGUUUUGUCCGUGAACGCCAUGCGCACCAUGGAACAGGCGAAGCUGGAUGCGGCGGCCGUUUCAGAGGUUCGACAGAGCGCCGGCGAAGCUUGUGACGCGCAUUCGGCCGAGGCAGAGGAGCUUGAGCUCGCUGCCAAGCCGAAGGGCAAAAGAGUGCCAAAGGCGAAGCCGAGGGAUAAGCCGCGGCUGUCCAAGAAGGCUCGGAAGAUGCUGAAGGAGGGCGUCGAGGCGGAUGACGCAGACUUCGACAUCCGCAUCUCAGGUGGUGAUGCCAAGCCGAAGCGAGGGGAAGGGGAACAGUUCUAUCUCAGCACCGCCGUGGACCUUCAAGCUGAGGCUAGAGAGAAAGGCUUUGAGAUGGAGCAGUACCAAAUGGACCUCCUGCCUGACGACUCAACGGACAUCAAGAAGGCCAAGAGCGUGAUGCGCUGGGACGCCAAGCGCAAGAAGUAUUUGCCGACCAUGGUCACCGCCGACGGCAAGGCCCUGAAGGGACAGCGCCGGAACGAGAGCGGGAAGAAGGUGAAGGGCGACGGCGAGAAGAGCAAGAUCUACGAGAAGUGGUCCAAGGCCACCAAGCGGCGGAUCCAGAAGGUGGGGGAGGUGGAGGACGCCUCAGCGGAUCCGCUGGGGAAGUUGCAGAAGUCCCAGGCCAGGGUCGUGGACUUCGACGCCGAGGGCGAGGUGGAGACGGCCAGGAAGCCUGUGGUGCCAUUCCAUGGCACUGUCUCGGAGGAAUUCUUGACCCACAAGCAGAAACGGGCCCUCAAGAAGCGCGCGAAGCUGGACACGGUGGCCGCGGGCACCGAAGCCAAGGCGGAGUUGAAGACGCCGCAGCAGAUCCAGCAGGAGAAGAAGCUGCGGGAGAAGAACAAGCUGAAGCAGAAGCCCUGGCUGCGGAAGGCCAAGGCCAGGGAGUCCAAGGAGGCCCGCAUGAAGAAGUUGGAGGAACGGCAGAUGCGCUAUGGCGCCAGGACCAAGGCCAAGAUGCUCAUCUUCGACGGGCCCCGGCAGUGGAAGAAGCGCGCCCCCGCGCCGCAGAAGGGCUACGGCAGCCGCCACAGCUUCUAG